CCUCAUCUAAUCUCUUGGAUCCCAUAAAUGGCAGCAGAUUUGGGCAUUAAAUUUUGCCACCAAACUUCUCUUCCAACUCUCUCUCUCCCUGCCUUCUUCCCUUUCCCCUUGUCUCUCGCCUUCCACCAAGAUUUGCUCCAACAAUAAAAGCUCUGCCCUCCCUCCAUCACUUCCCUCGCUCUCCCACCAACAAAUUUCUUCUCUUCUCCGAAUUCCCAAAACUCGAAACAUUCAGCCAUGGCUGCCACCGAACUCAAGUCCGCUGCCAUUCUUGAUCUACUCAAGGCCUUCCUCGAAACCGAAGAAGGCCUCCAGGUCAGGAAGAAGGUCAAUCUCGUCUAUCAGUUUAACAUCGCGCCUAAGAAAAUUGGGUACGAUGAGGUGAUUUUCACUAUUGAUCUCAAGACAGGCCAGGUUACUAAAGGUUAGGGUUUUCAGUCUCUCUCUUGCUCCCCCAAUCCCAAUUCUUUAUUCUGUUCUUGCAAUUUCUGUGUAUUGGAAAUUUUGAAAUGUCCUGUUUCUGCGGCUCUGUUCAUGUAUUUCAAAGGGUUCAGUAUGCUGAUAUGAGAUGCUGUUUGAAUGAAAUUUGGAGACUUUUCUGCAGUAUAUCUACUGUACCUAAGUGGGUAUCCACCCAAUCCAAAUGAGUAUGUUCUGAAUUCACCCCAAAUGGUAUAUCCUCAAUCGGGUUACUUACUGCAAACUUAGAGCUGUGUCAUUCCUUUUUUGGGGGUAUGGUGGUAUGAUUGCUUACUGUGGUGCACAUUGAGACACCAGAAAAUAGCACUUGGGAUUUGAUUGUAAGGAGUUCGUUUUGGUUGUUGUGUUGUUGGGGAAGUCAGGUCCAUAUGAAGGAGGGAAGCCUGAUGCUGUCUUUUCACUCAAGGAUGAGGAUUUCAUGAAGCUUGCAACGGGGAAGAUGAAUCCUCAGAUUGCUUUCAUGAGGGGAGCACUGAAGAUUAAGGGCAGCCUGAGUGCAGCUCAGAAGUUCACCCCGGAUAUCUUCCCUAAGCCGUCGAAGCUGUAAGGACGACGAUCGGGAAGCCUGCAGAGUUGGUUUGGUUGAAUUUGCCUGCUUGAACUAGUGUUGUUGGAAGAAUGAUUCAUGACUCCUUUUUUCUCGUGUAGUAGUUUGCAUUACAAGGCCACAAACGCCCCAGUCUCUUCCCCAUCGGACUCAUGUUUGAGUGCUCAUUUCAUCAUUUGCAUAGAUGGGGGAUAGAUUGGUGUGUUUAAAUAGGUCGUCGAAUUUCAAAAUCAAAUCACGUUCACCUUUUCCCCUUUCCAUUUUCCCAAUCGUUAUUAUGGGUUGAGUGGUGGGGAAAAGGUGUUAUAAUGAAAGUCUUUCUUCUCUGCUCAUUUGCUGUCAGGUUCAUAAGCCUGAGUUGUGAUAGAUGCCUUUCAUUUUCAUCUAUUAUUGUUGGACAGAUUUGGACCCAUAGAUGGUCGUACUAGGUUUCUGGUUUGGUUGAACCCACAUUUAACUCAGGCAAGCACAACCAAUGCUAAGUGGUCAACAAGCAGACUGCAUCAAUCCACGCUGAUGUUAUCUUUAUGACUGGUUUGCUGUUCAUUUACCUGCUGCCAUUAAGCAACAGAAGACAAACGAACUAGUAGAAGUUAGAACCCUAUUUUGUAUCUGGGUAGACCUGCCUCAUUGUUAAAUCCGAUUUGACUCUGCGUUCUCAAAUCUCCAACAGCCUUGUCCAUGUGUGUGACGA